AAUAAGCACCAGCACUUAUUUUUAAUUCUGUGUGAUGGGGUUCCUCUUGGCUUCGAACGGCGAAUAUUGCUCUCCUCACCAAUCCUAUUGCCUUCUCUAAACCAUCAUCAUCUGAAGAUAAAGCACGCGCUUAGACGAUCGUGUUUUUUUUCGCCAAGCUCCCGUUUGCAAUCCGUCAGUUAUCCUUGUUGUUAGGAGGAGGUUACGAUCUCCACACUCCUAGAUCAAAGUGGACUGAGCUCCUUUGCAGCAGCGAUCGAUUCCAGGCUGACACCCAGUUAGAUGCAUCAAUCCUUUAUACACUAAUGCUUGCAACUAAGGCCUUGCGCAAGUGUUCGUGGUGGAGCACUUACUUAUCCCAUGCAUUUGUUCCAGUUCCACUUUUCACAUUUCAUUCCACAAUGUCUAGUUUGGAGGAGUUACUUGGUCUUGAAAACUUGCUUCACAUGAACAGCAUCGAUAGGAUCCAAAGGUCCUCACUUAGUGGUUGCAGGCCCAUAUCUGAUGACAUGGGAAUGGAAAGUUGUUUGAUAGUGGGGAGGAGUUGUAGCUCAUCUAACAGUUGCAAUGGAGAAUUUGCAAGAGAAACUUUACGAUGGAGAAGACUGAGAAGGGAUGGGUGCUCCUUAAAUCAAAAGAUGUUAAGCUCUGGUAGGAGCCAUAGGGUCUAUGGAAGUGUAUGUGAUUCCUAUAUGUCCAAUCAACAUUUUAUCUCUCAAUGCAAUUACAAGGACAUAAGUGGUCUAACCAAUAAGUUUUUAAGGGGGAUACCGAAAUUUGUGAAGAUCGUUGAAGUUGGCCCAAGGGAUGGAUUGCAAAAUGAGAAGUCAAUGGUGCCUACGACUGUGAAAAUUGAGUUGAUACAAAGGCUAGUAUCUUCUGGAUUGUCUGUUGUUGAGGCCACAAGUUUUGUUUCACCAAAAUGGGUACCACAGCUAGCUGAUGCAAAGGGUGUAAUGGAAGCAGUUCGGAAGAUUGAAGGUGUAAGAUUCCCUGUCUUAACACCUAACCUUAAAGGUUUUGAAGCAGCUAUUGCAGCUGGAGCUAAGGAAGUGGCUAUUUUUGCAUCAGCUUCAGAGUCCUUUUCAAAGUCUAACAUCAAUUGCAGCAUUGAGGAUAGUCUUAUCCAUUAUCGAGCUAUUACUCUUGCUGCAAAAAAGCUCUCAAUUCCUGUGCGUGGGUAUGUAUCAUGUGUUGUGGGGUGCCCAGUGGAAGGACCGGUUCUACCUUCAAAAGUAGCAUAUGUAGCGAAGGAGCUUUAUGAUAUGGGUUGCUUUGAAAUCUCCCUUGGUGAUACAAUUGGGGUUGGAACACCUGGUUCUGUUGUUCCAAUGCUUGAAGCUGUGAUGGCGGUUGUUCCUUCUGAGAAGCUUGCUGUUCAUUUCCAUGAUACUUAUGGUCAAGCUCUGGCAAAUAUUUUGGUAUCCCUUCAAAUAGGGAUUGGCACCAUAGAUUCUUCUGUUUCUGGCCUUGGGGGGUGUCCAUAUGCCAAGGGUGCAUCUGGGAAUGUUGCCACUGAGGAUGUUGUGUACCUGCUCAACGGGCUUGGUGUGAAGACAGAUGUGGAUCUUAGAAAAGUCAUAUUGGCUGGGGAGUUCAUCUCCAAGCAUUUGUGCCGCCCAUCUGGUUCCAAGGUUGCAACCGCUUUAAGCAGAAUUACAGCAGAUGCUUCCAAGAUUUGAGUUGAGGUUUGUAAUUUUCAACCAUACUGCCCAAGAGAAAGAGAAGGAUUAAUAAUGUUUGUGGAAUUUUUCAUCCAAAUGGCCCUUGAUAUAGACCUAUUAUGUAUAGAAAUUAAGCAUUUUUAGAGCCUUUUAUCAGGUGAAAUUUAUGCUGGAUCAUAUGUAAAUCUGUGUAUUUUUAGCAUCUGUUUCCGUCUGAAUAAAGCAAGAAUAUGCAAGUUGCAAUUACACUGAUCCAAAUUUAUUGGACCCAAAUUGAUCUUUA